UACGAAUCAGACAAAAAUUUGAGCCAGUCUGAUUUCAAACCGAAAGUGGAGGGAAAUUUGGGAAAAUCCGAAGAUGUUUACAUGUUGAAACAGAUGCACUGACAAAAAGUUUUGGACAUAUGUACAUGUAAUAACCAAAACAAAAUGGCUUCUGCGGCAGGGAACUCUGGGAGUUUCACAACAACAUUGAUGCAAAGAAUAGAUGGAGAAUUAAUCUGUGGAAUUUGUCUUGAAUUAUUUAAAUCACCAGUUAUGUUAACAUGUGGUCAUAACUUCUGCAAGGAGUGUGUCUACGGAAUAAUAGAAAAUGGAAUGCACUUCAGUUUUAUAAGUAUCGGUCCGCCCAACUCGUUCAAUUGUCCAAUUUGCCAAGCACCAAUAAGUAUCAACAGAGUUACUAAAGAGGGUUUAAUGUCAAAUAAAGCUUUGGAAAGUAUUGUAGAAUUAUAUAAAACUUGUUCACCAGUUGAUGUAUUUGACAGUUCAUGGAAUACUGACCUGGAAGUUACACCAACUAUAUGUAAAAUGCAUGAUAAAACAGAGGAUAGAUUCUGUGAUAGUUGCAGUGUCUCUAUUUGUGUACAAUGUGAAAGAUUUAAUCAUCAGUCAUACAAGGCUAAACACAGAGUUGGUUCUUUAAAACAUGCAGCAAUAUCAUAUCAGACAGAGGUGGCAGAUGUUUUGACAAAGUUAAAGAAGGAAUUGAUACCAUUAAAUGAUAAGAUAAAUCAACUUGAAGGUAUUCUAUGUGGAAUACAGGAUAAUCAAGAACAUGUUAGCAAAAGACUAGAACACCAAAUAUCAUUAUUGAUGUCUCUCAUUCGUCAGCAACAAGAGCAACUGAAACAUACACUGGAUAAUGAAAUGCAAACAAGGCAGCUACCAGUUACUGUUGAACUUGAAAAAUGUCGUGCUGUCAAGACUAACAUACAAGAACUGAUGAAAAAACUGUCUAACAUACGUAACACAAAAAAUCCUACUCUUCAGUUAAAGUUAAUGAAGGACACAUGUGUACAACUGAGAGCAGUCUUGUCUUUUGAUAUACCUGAAUGUCUACAGACCUUCCAUAUGUCACAUACUGAGAUGCCAAACUGGGACAUGGACACUCAACCAGUCACUAAUACUAUCCAGACACUCUACUGGCAAUGUGAAACACCAAAAACAGAAAAGACAAAGUUAAAAGAUACAGGAAUACAGACAGACAUUAUAGUGUCUGAUGAAGGGCAACGUGCUAAAAAAGUCAGAGUAGAAUCUGUUAAAUUAGCUCAAAGCCCUUCACCUAAACAAGCUAGGACUGAUAGAUCAAGUGAAGGUAACAAGAAGAAAAUAGAAAAGAGAAAGAAUUUGUCUGGGUCACCUGAUCUAGAUGGAGAAGCAUUUGAUGAGAUUGAUGGAAAUUUCCCUCAUGUCAGCAAAGAAGCAGAUAAAGAGUCUGUUAAAAUGAAAGAGAUGAUACUUGGGAGAGAUACCGAAGUCACACAAUCUGUUGAAGAAAUCAAAUUACUGCAUUCUAGUGACAAACCAGCAGUUAUAAGUGGUGAUGAUGAUUUAAAUGAAACAUUUAAAGCUCUGAAGCUUGAAGAUAAAAAAAGAAGCAAAGGUCGCAGCAGUUUUCCUAUGGAUAAUUCACCACAGUUGAAUGGUAGAAAUGUUGGUGAAAUGUUCCAGAAGUCAGCAGUGAAAACAAAAAAGAGCCAUUCUGACAAAGAUUUGAACAAGGGAGACAAAUCCUAUAGUCCAACACAUGCUGAAGCUCUUGCCAAGUUUGUUGCACGACGAAGAACAAUGUCACCAUCAAUAUCAUCUCCCUCUCUUAAAACAUUGGAGCAACCUGCCAGCAACAGUGAAGAUUCUGAAUUAAAAACAAGAAAAAAUACUUCUUCACCCUCACUUAAGUCUUUGAAUGCACUAUUUUCUGAAACAGACCAUAAAGAAGAGAAAAACAUUUCCAGGCCACUUCCUACUGUGACCCAUUUUUCUGAAAAAUUGGGAUCUAGUACUAACGAAGAAAAAAGUGAACAUUCAUUAGUUACACCUGAAACAGAUUUGGUUAACUCUAAUUCCACAGAAAAAUUACCUGUUAAUACUUCUGUAACAAGACAAGUAAAUAGGGAUGACAUGACUGCGGUAUCUUUGACACACACUGAAACUAAUUCCACGAAGGAUAAUAAUGUUUCCAAUCAGCCAAAACCAUUCUCUAAGAAACCAAUAGGAAUGAAUCUAGACUUACAUUUAGCUCAUCAUGAAGAAAGUACAAAUGAUGAAUGUAAAAGAGUCACAGAGGUAUAAGAUGAAUGGUUUAUGUGUUAUGUAUUCUGAGAUUAAGAGUAGAAAUUUGUCAAACAAAAGUGUAGAUCACUCAUCUAUAAAUAUUAUGUUAUCUGGUUUCUAUCUGAGCUUGUUAUUUAUAUAAUGUAUUUAUUAUUAUGAUUUUAAUGUUAAUUAAGAAAUAAUAUAGCCCAAACAGUGAUUUAAUCGCUCAAUAACAUCACUGUUUGGAGUUGGUAUGCGAGGAAUUAUAUCACGAGGGCGUAGCCCAACUGAUAUAAUGAUGCCCAUCCGAACGACAAACAGUGAUGUAAUCAAGCGAUAAAAUCACUGAUUUGGAUAUAUUAUUUCGAUUCUAACACGACAUUAACAAAUAAAUGUUGCGGUACUUGAUAGUUAAGCAAAAUUGAGCCCGAUUUGUUCCUGAACUUAUUGUCAGCGCGUCAGAUUUUUAGUGGUUACGUCACGUGUAUAAUGAUUACGUCACAUGUCUAAAUAUAGAACGUCAAACUGUGCAUCUGUUGCAUAAUAACACACACUUUCGGUUCUUCUAUGUUCAAUAGGGAAAAUGCGGGUCGUGUUAGAAUCAGCUGUAAAAUUUCACUAACAUUUUCUUAUCAUAUAAUGUUUUGUCUUUGUAUAGCAGCCAUAACAUGUAUUUCUUUAUUAAGUUUUCUGAUGAAUAUAUGGUCAUUUUCAACUGAAGAAUAUGUAUCACUGGUUUGAUUAUCUAUAUUGCUUAAGUUGCUUUGACAUGUCUGUCCCGACAGGGACUUUGGAUUCCUCCAUAUGAGGAAGCUAUACAGCUAGCUUACAGAAGGUCUGUGGUUCUACUCCGGUGCCCGUUUAUGCCUGAAAUACUGCACACAGGGGCACCUGAGGUCUUUCUCCCAGUAAAGCCGGAAAGUCGCAAUAUGACCUAUACUGUGUUGGAGUGACGUUAAACAAAGUCCCCCAAAAAUGUCUCUGUAUUAACAUUGAAUUCAUGAUAAGCUCAUUCUGAAGGAAUAAUAAUUCCUUUGAUUUUGUUCAUAUUUUCCUUAUGUAUAUAUGAUAAAAGGAAAAUUACAUGUGUUUACCAUUCUGAAGAAUGAUACCAUUCCUGUUGAUACUGUAAAGUUGUAUAUUCACAUUAACUCUGCAGACUUUUGGGUAUAUUCAACUUAAAUCAACAAAAGGGAUAUAACACUUCUCAAAAGCACACUGUUCACACUGGUAUAUUUAACAUGUGUAGUAUAUAUAAAUGUUACUUUUAUGUUGACUAUGCUGUUCAUAAUAUCAAAAUACAACAUACAAAAACAUGUGCAAGACAUAAAAACUUAUUAAAAUGUUUUAAGUCUUGUGAAUAUUAAAUCUGUGGUAAUAUAUAUGUUAAAAAAUUUAUUAAACUUGUCCAAGAAGACGUAAGAGCAUGUCAGGGAAUGGCUGAAAAAUCUUUUUAUUCUGAUAUUAUAUUUUAUAUGAAAAUUCAUUUGAAGUCUAAUGUAUACAUUUUUGUUAAAGCUUGAGUAUAUAAGCAUAUAAUCAUCAUUAUAAUUAGUU